UCAUUUCACUACUCUUCCACGCCAUCUUCUUCUUCUCAUCUCUUCCUUUUUUAUUUUUUUUCAAAUAAAAACAAAAUGGACGAUUCCACAAAACCUAACGCAGGCAAACCCAAACUUCUCAAUCCAUGGAUGCUUCACUUCCAGAAACUCGCUCUUGAACUCAAGUGUCCUCUCUGUUUGAGUUUGUUCAAGAAGCCUGUGUUACUUCCUUGCAACCACCUUUUCUGCGAUUCAUGCUUAGCUGAUUGUGUAACAGCUGGGGCUGGUUCUGAAUGUGCUGCUUGUAAUGCAAAGUACCCUCAAACAGAUGUAAGACACGUGCCUUUUGUGGAAAAUGUGGUAGCAAUAUAUAAAAGCUUGGAGGCCACCUUUUGUGCAAGUUUGUUUCAUAAACAUUCUUCUGGUGAUGAGAGGGUUUUGGAGCCAUGCCAGGCAAUUCUUAAUUCAACUUCUAGCAGUAUACAAGCUGGCAAGCUUCCUCUGAAUUUGCCUAAUUUGAACAAGGUUGGGGUUGUCAAGAAUCUCAAAUCCAAGAUUGCAGUGCAUGAUAAAGCUGAGGAGCUUGAGUUGUCUCAUGGAAGAGGGAAGCCUAAUCUGAUGCAAUCUUCCCAGAUGGAAAUGGAUGUGAAUCAAGUGACACAAUCAGCCCCAGAUAGCCCUCCUUUUUGUGAUACCAAAGGUUCAGAUAAUGACUGCAGCGAUCAAGACAGUGAGCAUCCACUACCUGAUAGAUUGGGAAACUCUUCCUUAAAGAGAGCUAGUACAGGAAAUGGAAAUUUGAAUGAGAAAAUGGGACAACUAAGGUCAGAAAGUUCAGCCUCGGAAACUGAGGGUCUUGAAAGGGAUCCCAAAAGACAGAAAGUUCAGCCUACAGAUGCUCCAAAUGACUUUACUCCAACUGGAAGUAUCUGUUCAUUUUGCCAAUCUUCCAAAACCUCUGAGGCUACUGGACCAAUGCUGCAUUAUGCUAAUGGAAACUUAGUUACUGGAGAUGCAGCAAUUAAGCCAAAUGUUAUACCUGUGCAUAGAGUUUGCAUUGACUGGGCACCACAAGUGUACUUUGUUGAUGAAGUGGUUAAGAAUCUCAAGGCGGAAUUGGCAAGGGGAGCAAAACUUAAAUGCAGUAAAUGUAAUCUAAAGGGAGCCGCUCUUGGUUGCUAUGUCAAAUCAUGCAGAAGAACUUAUCAUGUUCCUUGUGCACUUGACAUCCCAACAUGUCGUUGGGAUCAUGAGGAUUUUCUUUUGCUCUGCCCCUUCCAUUCAAACGUCAAAUUUCCAUGUGAGAAAUCCAGGUCUAAGAAGCAGGCAGUGCGGAAGCAUCCCAAUUUGCCUCAUUUGCCAUCACACCACUCAAAUACUCUUGAAGCUUCACAGGAUGAGGGUAAAAAUAUGGUUUUCUGUGGAUCUGCUUUAUCAAAUGAGGAAAAGGUACUUUUGCUCAAUUAUGCAAGUAAGGUUGGUGCAACAGUGACGAAAUUCUGGACCUCAAAUGUUACACAUGUAAUAGCGUCAACUGAUGCUAAUGGAGCAUGCUCCAGGACAUUGAAAGUUCUCAUGGCUAUUCUAAAUGGACAAUGGGUACUAAAACUAGAUUGGAUAAAAGCAUGCAUGGAAGAGAAAAAUCCCGUAGAAGAAGAACCUUAUGAAAUUAGUGUUGACAACCAAGGGUGUCAAGGUGGCCCAAGAGCGGGCAGACUUAAGGCAUUGGCCAAUGAGCCAAAGCUAUUCAGUGGCUUAAAGUUUUAUUUUUCUGGGGAUUAUGUGUCAACUUAUAAGGAAGAUCUUGAAGAGUUAAUUGAAGUGGGUGGAGGUACUGUUUUGAGAAGCAAGGAAGAAUUAGAAGCUCAAAGACAUGAAUGCAAAGUGAAUUCUCCAAAGUUUCUUGUUGUUUACAACCUUGAUCCCCCACAAGGAUGCAAGUUAGGGGAAGAAGUAUCAAUUCUCUGGCAAAGACUCAACGAUGCAGAGGACUUAGCUGCCAAUACUUUACAAGUGAUUGGUCACACAUGGAUUCUUGAAUCAAUUGCUGCAUGUAAAUUGCAGCCUUUUGUUAACUAAAAUGUAAGGUAGCUAAUAGGAGUUCACUGCCUAAAAGAGUGCCUAAAAGAGAUCGAUCAUGUAUAGUUUGAAUUUUUUGUAUUGGGUGUCAGGUAGUUAGAUUGUUUUGGAUAUUUAACAUCAACUAGUUAUUUCCUAAUUUGGUUUCCUAUGCUUUUGCAUUAUUAUUUUUAUAAUUAAUUGGUACCUCA